AUGACGACCACCCUGGAUCGGAGCCACGGCUGUGUCCGGCCGGGCGAAAUGUUGCUGGUUCUUGGCCGGCCAGGGUCCGGUUGUACCACCUUACUCAAACUGCUGGCAAACCGAAGACGUGGGUAUGCGACGGUCGAGGGCGAUGUCCGUUUCGGGACGAUGGAUCGCCGGGAGGCCGAGCAGUAUCAGGGCCAGAUUGUGAUCAAUACUGAGGAGAUCUUCUUCCCCAGUCUGACCGUACACUACGCCGUCUUCGAUCCCCCGGCUUCGCAGACCUGCACCGAGUACCUUCGACUUUAUCUGGAAACCGGUGGCUCCGGCCAAUAUGCCCACCUGACGAAUCCGCAAGCCACCAGCCACUGUCGUGUCUGCGAAUACCGCACCGGGGCCGACUACCUCCGGACCCUCAACCUGAACGACUGUUACUACGCCUGGCGGGACACGGGUAUCACUGUCAUCUUCAUCCUCAGUUCCUAUUCCAUGGUCUACUUGAUGAUGAAACUGCGGACGAAAGCGUCCAAGAAGUCCGAAUGA